AUGGUAAUAUGGACCUACCUGGUGUUAGAAGAUGUUCGAACCACCAGCAGAAAACUAUUAAUGUUUGCAAGUGUUGCGGAUAUCGUGACUGCAGCUUGUUUUUUAAUGGGAUCCUUAUGGUAUAUCUUGAAGAGACAGUUUGGCUCGGAUACUAUACAUACUGACGGUGGUGACGAGCAGGCCAAUUCGAGUGACAUCACAUGUGUAUUAAUUGGUGCAAUAUCGAGUUAUUCCCAGUCGGUGUCAUUCUGGUGGAACAUGGCAACUGCAUUGUACCUGUACCUUGAAAUAGUCCAAGGGAAAAGAAUAGAAGCGUGGAAAUGGCUGGGGAUUACUCAUGUCAUCUGUUGGGGAGUUCCAGCAAUUCCAACAAUCACUGCGGCAUGUUAUCAUGUAUUUGGUUUUAACGACGUACUCAUGCCGGCCUGUUCUAUAAGCCGCGCGUCUAUCUGCUGGCUGAAGGGAGGGCUGGGGUUCCGGGAGUAUAUAGCCUGGACUAUACUGACACUGAAAGGCACCGAGAUACUGACAUAUUUCCAAAUACUGGUGCUGUAUUUGAUGAUUGCUUGGCACGUUAGCAGGACGAGUACAAACUUGAUCAGAAAUUACCAGUUCAACAGAGAAGACGAAAAGAUGCUCUUUGACCAGACAAUAAGCGUGGUGCUGAGGGCCAACAGAAAGCUCAUUGCAGUGCCACUGCUCUUGAUCGGCGUCCGUAUAUGGGGGACGUUGCGUAUGAUUGUCAUGGUAGCGUGGAUGCCGAGCUGUACUACUCCAUAUCCAGCAACAGAGUGGAUAAAAGUGGUGUUCAUGCUCAUGGAGGGUGCAGGCAACUCUGCCCAGGGUUUAGCCAACGGUGUGAUAUUCUGCGCCAUCAGCAACCGUGUGAGAAGUCGAAUCUUCCAUGAUGUUCUUAAGAAAUAA